GAAACAUACUAGUUUGUCUAACCUUACUGAUAGUGACGAUCUUCGCAGUAUAAAAGAGGGAUCGUCUCCGGAACUGCUAGGAUUACUACCAUAUCCAGUGAAGUCCGUGCACCAUGCUUCGAGUCGGUCUGCUCGUGAUCGCCAGUUUGGCCCUGGGUACUACCCAGGACGUGGAUAGUGAUUUCCGGAUUAUUGGCGGGAAGCCCGUGAAUAUCAACACGGUUCCCUAUCAAGUGUCGGUUAUAGUUCAGUAUGGAACGUACCUGAUUCACACCUGUGGUGGAUCAAUUCUGGACGAGGACACCAUCCUUACAGCGGCGCACUGUGUAACUUUAAGCACACGGUACUUUAUCCGCGCCGGGUCGACCAACAAUCGAUACGGCGGACAGUUCGUUGAGGUGUCGGAGAUCAUCGUCCACCCCGAUAAUGACCCCAGUACCUUCGACUACGAUGUCUGCAUUCUGAAGCUGAAAAGGAAGCUCGAUUUCGGAGCACUUGUCAAGCCAAUCAAACUUGCGGAUUCGGAGAAAUACUACAAAACGGGUACGAAAUCUCUCGUGUCCGGUUGGGGUGCUCUGCAGGUAGGUAUUCCACUGAAUAUUCGUAACAUCCAGGUGAAUUCACUUGAUUGACAUCCCCGCAGAACGAGGGAUCCAUCACGGACAAGCUGCAGGCGGUUUCGAUUCCGCUCGUGGACCAUAAGGUGUGCAAGGAAAUAUACUCGGAAAUCAACGACGUAACCGACAGGAUGUUCUG